CCGCUGGUGCGCAGGCGCGGCGGGGCCAUGCGCGGAGGCGGGUUUGAACCCUGGCGGGCGCCGCGAACUCCGGGACUGUGUCGCAAAUGGAGCCCGUCCUGAAAGGUAUUUCUGCCUUUGUAGAAGUUUGGUCCUCUAACAGAACAGAAAAUUACUCAAAAACCUUUGAACAGCAGCUUCUUGAUAUGGGAGCAAAAGUUUCAAAAACUUUGAAUAAGCACGUGACCCAUCUAGUCUUCAAAGACGGACGGUUGACGACAUGGAAAAAAGCACAGAAAAUGGGUGUAAAAAUAGUUUCUGUACUCUGGGUGGAAAAGUGUCGAGAAACUGGAGCCCAUGUUGAUGAAUCCCUAUUUCCUGCAGUAGACACUAAUGAGGGAUUUCUAAUACCAAUCAAAAAACACAAAUGUAUGCAGCCAAAAGACUAUGUUGAACAAACUCCAGAAAAUAAUAGAAAGCUUCAGAGAAGACUAAACCAAAUGGCUAAAGAAUUAGCCCUACAAAAGACAGCAGUUAAUGCUGAAACAGAUGUACCAGUUUUGUUAUUUGAAGACAAUGGUUCACUUAUAUACAGUCCUGUUAAUAAGAUAAAAGCUCAGUGCAAUGCAAUGGAAAGAAGAAUAAAGGAUAUUAAGGAAAAAAGAGAGAAUCUUUCUCCUACGGGUUCACAAAUGACUCAAAGACUUCCAAGUACCUCACCAGGAGACUACGCACUGUCUACUUGUAUCUUAACUAAUUCAGAAGACGUGUUGCUAUCUGAAGAACAAAUGGAAGACUGCUUGAACUCAAGUUGUGAUUAUCUUUGGAGAACUGAGAAGUUAAAGAGUCAGAGAACAGAGGCAGCAGAACAUGACUGUGAUACUUGGACUGAUAUUCAUGUAUCUGUGAGUGCAUCAGUGAAUUCUCCAUCACAUAGCAAUGAGCAGACGAGCUUAACACCAAAACAACAUGCCAGAAGUUUAACAAAGAAACAGAUUAUACAGCAUACUUUGGAUCAUAGAUUGUCUUUAGGAAAGAAACGUUUAAAGUUUCCAAAGAAAAAACAGAAGAACGAGAAGACCGAGACAACUUCAGUUGCAAAUAGAAGUUCUCUUCUUGAGGGCUUUGGUAAUAUUACUCUUUCCAAAAAAAUAGUCCAGUUAAAUACUGUUCCUGCUUUGAUUGACAGUCUCUCUAAUUCACCUAUGAGUAGUGAAGACUUAAAUAUAUGUUCACUGGAUAAAAGCUUCCCUGAUGGCAGAAAUGGUUGUGUUCUUAAAGACAAGAAGAGGAAGAAACUACAAACAUUACCAAGUUUUAAGCUGGCUGCCUCAGAACUUGGUGCAUCAGGCUCUAAGGGGUUCUUGCAAGCAGUUACUACAUAUAGCAAGUCUUACUGCACCGAAGAGGCUUCUUAUGAAGAUUUCUUUUCAUCAUCUAAUUCAAAUGAAAAUGAAGUACAGAUACAAGUACCAAAGGAAUCAGAGAAUCCUCCUGAAGUUUGUUCCAAAGACUCUUUUACAAGCAUGGACCUGCAUGAUGUGAGUUUCAGUGAGUUACAUAACUGCGUAACUACUAAGAAAAGCAGGAAGACGUCUAUUUCAGUGAAUGAUUUUCCAGUAAAGAAAAAAAUCAAACCAGCUAAACAUCCAGGAAGCAUACCAUUAGAUAUAUUAGGUGAUGAAAAAGAUGACACUGGAGGAGCUCUAGAUACUGAUGAUGUGGACAGGCUUCCACAGCAUGCUCAUGAAAAACCCUACAACAGUGUAAAUGACUGUGCUCAUACUGCUGGUGGUGAAAAUGAAGUGUCAGAGUGUCAUGUUACUUAUGGCUCUUGCAAAAUCUUUGAUGAACAAAAGAAUAAGCACACUGGGGGCUUAAGAAAAGUUGGAAGACUCCAAAAGCCAACAAGGACACUAGUUAUGACAAGUAUGUCUUCUGAGAAGCAAAAUACAGUAAUGCAGAUUGUGAAUAAACUUGGAGACUUUUUGUUCUCAAAUGAAGUGUGUGAAACAACAAGUCAUGUAGUUACUGGGAGUCCUCGUCGUACCUUGAAUGUUAUGCUGGGAAUUGCUCGUGGCUGUUGGAUUGUUUCUUAUGAAUGGGUUCUGUGGUCUUUGGAAUUAGGCCACUGGAUCUCAGAGGAACCAUAUGAACUUUCAUCCAGCUUCCCUGCAGCUCCUAUCUGCAGGCUUCAGCGUCAUCUAUCAACAGGAAAAUACCAGCAGACUCUCUUUUCAAACCAGCCUGUCAUGUUUGUAUCUCCUACCAGUCAGCCAUCCUGCAAAAAGUUAAUUGAACUUAUACAGCUGGCAGGAGGGAAAAUAUGUAAAGACUUACAUCAGGCAAAAAUCUGUAUAGGAAAAAAACCAGGAAAGAAGGACCAGGAAAUAAUAUCUUUAUCAGAAAACUGGGUAUUAGAUUCAAUCACUCAGUAUACGAUAUGUCCUAUGGAAAACUACAUUUUUCAGACGUGAGCCAACUCAAGAGCUUCCAUAUGGUUGUACAGAAACAUGCCUAGCUUGGAUUCAACAAAAAUAAUAAGCUGUGAAGGAAAUUCAAAAAAAACCACGCAAGUUACAUACUUAUAAAUACAGAGGAACUAUUUCUAUAUUUUUAGUACUUAUGCAAGUGUUCAUCUUGUGAAAUCUUUAGGUUUUGAAAUAAAGUAGUUCCCUUAUAUAAGUAAUUUUUUGUUUAUUUGUCACUUUUGUUUGUUGAAGACCUUUGGAAAUAAAACCUGAAGGAAUCAAUAUUCACAGGGAGGGAGUGAAUUUUCUAGUCUCCAAGCAAGACUGGUCAUGUUGCAGUGCAGUUAAAAGAUGUGCACUCAGUGUGGGUGAGUGUGCCUGAGGUGGGUCUCGUGCAGUCAGCAGGAGCUGUGCCCCCAGAGCAGAUGCAGGAAUCCUGUUGGCUCCUGUAGUCUGAGUGCCUCUGCACAUACCUGAAGGGCCAUGUUGUCCCAUCUUCACUACCAUUGCUAAAUACAUUUCUUUGGUAAAAGGAUAAGGUUGCCUAUGAUGCUCAACUCACACCUGCUGGCGUAAACAUGCACUUCUAAACUGAGUUCUCAAAAGUAAGUGAAACUCAGUAAUUAUGCUCAGAUGUGUAGUUAAGGUACUGCUUUAUUUCAAUGCCUUUGAUUGAAUCUCAAAAUGUGUCUACCUUACACCUAGGCUGAAAACACAGUUACUGACCCUGAGUUAAAUGCAUUAAGACAGCACAUCAUUCAAAUGUUAAAAUCUGUUGAAAAGGGAACAUAAUAUGAAAUGCUUUAUGUGUGCUUGCAAAAUGCAUACAAAUGUGUUACAUGUUAAAUUUCUCUUUAAUCUGUAGAUUUGUUUUUAGCAGAUAAAAAGUGAAGUUUAUAUCUAAAGUAUAUUGCAUAGCACCUGUUCAUCUAUAAAUGUACAAGCUCCUUUAAAGAUUUCCAAGUACCAGCAAAAUGAAGGAUUAUGACAGAGAGUAAUGUUAUCAAGUAAUUUAAAGGCAGCUCAUAACUCACAACUUCCAAACUAUGUGUUCUCUUCAGAGUUCCCUCAGAGUAAGAAAAUGCUGUACCAAAAAAUUAUUAUUUUGAGUUAAUAUUGUGGAAAAAUCAAAGUACAAUGUCUGAUUUUUAUAUUAUUUUUACACUGCCAUUCUGUUGCACUAUUCCAAUAUAAAAGUUCUGUAAACAAGGAUUAGACAAUCUUUUUCUUCAAAACAAAUUCAGCAGUGUCUGUGGCUGACAGGCUGUUUCAGGUACAAUCGCAUUUCUAUAGUUGCUCUGUAAAAUGUUAAAUAUACUAAUAAUGGAAAAGUUCCACAUUAUGAUUCUUUUAUGGAAAGUUAAACUGGUUUUCUGAAAUGCUAAGCGCCUGUAACUCAAAAGGUUAAGACCUCAUUUUCAAGGGUUACAUAGCUGGAUUUGGUAUAUAAACUAUAAAAUCUAAUUAACUGAGGCCUUUUCCUUGCUUAGUUUUCUUAUAUGCAAAUUGUCUUUUAUAGGAAAAGUAUGUUUGAUAUAAAAACUGGUAUAUUUGAUACAAAAUUUGGCAAUAAUGUCUGUCUACAAAUUGUACAGUGUAUCAUCAAAACUAUUUACCUAUUCAGUGCAGAGCACUGGUAACAUGUUAUUACUCUUCAGCCUUGACCUUAUGAGCCUCUUUAUAAAGAAGGUACUUGCCAAGUAUUACAUACUAAAAUAAAAAUACUUAUAUAGGUUGUAUUAUGUGAACAUAUGGUUGCCAGUAAAUAACAGAAUCAUUUGUUUGAAUUAUAGUGCUUAACUUAACUAUAACUAUAACAACCUCCUGGUUUUAUUUUGUAGUCAUUUCCUAAGUGUACUACCCAUAAAAAUCUGUCACUAUUAAUUUAUAGAAUAUAGCACUCCAAAUCAGCUUUCUCAUAAAUCUUCUUAAGAUUAGUCUUAGCUAUUUAAAUUGUAAAUUCUUGGAUCAUCUUGUUGGCCUUUAUUAGUCACACAUGUAACAGAUUUGACAAUGAAAAGUCUAAUAUCCUUUUUUUCUAAACUAAAAGGUUUCCAAUGAAACAAUCUGCCAAUUUAGAUAAUUCCACCUUACAUUAUAUGGUUGAUAGAAAUCCCUAUCUAUUGGCUCUUCUUGCAGAAUUUGUAGUAGACAGGCAGAUACAGCCAGGAGGAAAUUGAAUUCCAAAUUCUGGUCUCACAUUCUGGGCAAUGGGACUGCUGUCCACCCUGACUGACUGUUGCUUUUCAAGAGUAUGACCAGCACCAAGAAGUGAUUCAUGAGUAGUUUGAGUUCUGAGAUCUUUGUAACGUGCAGUGGUCAGCGAACAUUUGUCACAGCACAGCCAUGCGCUGUCUUCUCUGCAAACAGGUACUGUGCUGUUCCUUAUUAGGCAAAUCUACUUAACUUUUAUUAAUUUCCUUUAGUGCUUACUUUUUGUGCAGGAGAAGUUAUCUUAACCUUACCUUUUUCAUCCUGCAAGAAUACGUUUGCCAUCCAUUUGUGAAAAUGACUCAGCAUAGCUCUGUCUCUCCUCAGAGAGCUUCUGCUCCCCUGCUAUAGGCUCUCUAGCUCAAUGCCAUUAGUACAAUUAAAGUCUUUCUAAGAUAGCUUAAUUUGAUUAGGAAUCUGUUUAAACUAAAAUAUAUUGAAAAGUCAAAAUAAGCAUUAUUCCUCUGUGAGAUUCACAUUAGCUGAGCUAAUUUGUAAAUGCAGUUUAACUCCCAGCACAUUUUAACUCAUUUUACUUUCAUCAGUGCUAUAGCUAGUACCAAUUAGGUACACAGAGCACCAAUAUUCUUCCCAUCCUUCCUCUUCCAGAGAUAAGAAGAGCUUUUACCACACUUUGCAUAAUUUAGUGGGGACUCACAUUGGCAAAUGCACAAAUACGGAGGACAAACACAGGCAUGGCCUUGAAGAAUGUGUUGCUUAAGCUGUGUCAAAAUGGCAGCAAAAUUGGUGUCCUCUUCAAACCAUAUAUCCAUAAAAAAUAGCUUAGGAGCUAAAAAAUUUCUUAGUUUCAGUGACUAAUAAUGUGAGACUGGCUAAGGAUGCCAGUGAGGUAGGUGGAUCUUAUGUCUCUUUUUCCCAUUUCUCUGUUUUUGCAAUCAGUUUUAGAUUGUAACUGCAUUUGUGGUAUGUAUAUCAAUUGAGUAAAAAGUCUCUAAAUAUUCACAGUGAUCCCAGUAUAUGAACCAUCUGGUAUUGAAUUACUAAACUGCAGAUUUGUUGAGCUGGUUUUAUGUUUCUGGAUAUUUUCCUGACUCUACUCUAGUCAACUUUUUGGAGAUUAUUCCUUUUUAAAUAAAAAUAAGUAAUAAAAAC